UGUGAAAAAAAAUGCUUCUCAUUUUGAAAGUACAAGAUCUUUAUGAACCCCCUUGAAAUAAGCAUAUGGUCAAGUCCAUUUUACAGAUGAGAAAACUGAAGUCCUCAGAGAGAAAAGGAGGUCAUAGUAAAGCCUUUCCAGCCUGUCUGUACCAUGAAUUAAAUUGCUGUAGGCCCUUGGGGAACAUCUAGCAACUUUCCCGGAAGUUGGAGGCCUUGGAUUUCUGCUCACCACAUCAUCUAUGCUGCCUCCCUGUAAGGCAGGAGCUGUAGCAACACCCAAUUCUUCUCCGGAGGACACACCAUUUUGGCAGAAACUCAAUCCCUGCUCCCUGUUCCCUCGGGAUGGGGGACUGCCUCCACCAUGGGCACCCUGAGCUGUGGACCCCCUCCUCCCCGCCUGCCUGGUGCUCUUCUGGCCCGACGGGCCACCGUGUGCCAGCUGGGUGAGACAGGCCAGAAGAAGACAUCGGGGAUCACUACGUGUGAGAUUGGUCCGGGGCCCGACCUGUUCUGUCUUCCCUCGACCGUGGGCUAUAUCAGCCAUGACUUCACCAAGAAGGCUAGCCCAGCGUACUCCUUCCUCAGCAGGCCCAGCGAUGUGACCCGACGAGAUUCCAGCCCUGGGCCCUGUUAUUUCGUGCAGCCCAACAUUACCCGUUUUGGUCGGAGCAGUGCCCCUGCCUACUCCCUGCAGUCCCGCACCAAGCCCAAAGAUCUGGAGGUGACACCUGGCCCUGGCGCCUACAGCCCGGAGAAGGUACCUCCCAUCAACCAGCCAAGACCUCCUGCUUAUAGCCUGGGCUUGCGUAUCCCCCGAUGCCGCCUGAUGGACUCUGUCCCAGCCCCCAACAGCUAUAACUUGCCCUCUCUGUGGGGCUCCCAGAUCUUUACCAAACCUUGCAGCCCCAGCUACUCAGUGUCUGGUCGAACGGCCCAGGCCCGCUUCACUGAAGACCCAUCCCAGCUCCCAGGGCCGGGUCAGUAUGAGUGUCCAGAUCCGGAUGCCUACAGGCAGCGCCGAGGGCCUGCCUAUUCCAUGUUGGGCCGCCCUUGUGCUCCUCGCCCCCUCUUCCAGACACCAGGUCCUGGUGCCCACAACCCUGAGCAGGUCACAGUGCACUGGACCCGGGCACCUGCUUACUCCCUGGGAAUUCGCCACUCCAAGUUUAUUACCCCUCUGGUCACAAACAGCACAGCUUGA